AAUUAUUGGUUUAAUUUAAGGCUGCAAUUUUCCGAGUUCCGAGAUUCAAUCAACGCGGAACAACAUUGAAUCACUUAAAACUGCGAGAUAUUCCCAAUAUAUUGUAUAUUUUAUAUUGUAUUGUAAAUAAAGCACAUCUUAUCAAAUCGGAAACAUUGAACACCAUGAGUCAUAGUGUUCGACACUUUUCAGGCGACCUUUACGCUGAUGCCGGCGUCUGGAGUCCCUCUUCCAGCGCGGCCAAUUUCUGCGAGGAAGACUACGUCGUGACAAUCUAUAUUGCCGAAUUCAUCAAUACCCUCAGCAAUCUCGCCUACAUCUACUAUGCAUUCCAAUACAUAUAUCCAAGAACCAGAUCUCCUAGAAUCGACCUAAUGUCCGCGUCUCUGUUCCUAGUCGGCGUCUGCUCCUUCCUCUUCCACGCGACUCUGCACCAAGAAACGCAAUUCAGCGACGAUCUGUCCAUGCUGUUCCUCGCAGCGACACUGCUUCAGCGUCUAUACUGCGCCAACAAACCAGCCGCCACAGCGCGUCUGAUCACCACCGCGAUCUUCGCAACUGUAACCGCCAUGUCCGCUUACUACGUCCGCAGCGGGGACCUUGUUGUGCACACGUCCAUGUUUGCGGGCAUGUUGACGCUAGUGUGGCCACGGACGGUGUAUUUGAUUCAUCAUCGACAGGGGCAGGACAAGGCGGUGCUGUAUGGGAAGCUUGGGAGAGCGUGUGGGUGUCUGGUGUUCGGGUUUUUGCUGUGGAAUGUGGAUCUGGAAAUGUGUCUGAGAUUGAGAUAUGUUAGAAGCGUCGUAGGAUUACCCUGGGCUUGGGCUUUGGAGUUACAUGGUUGGUGGCAUCUGCUCACCGCGUUGGGGGCUGCCGUUUAUAUGGAUCUUAUUAGAGAUUUGUGUCCGUAGACAUUAAAUAUUUGUUUUGUUCAGAAUAG